UAGUUCCUCGAGCUCUAUACGCGCAUAAACACACGGAGUUUAGUUAUCAAUAGUUUCCAGUAUUUUCUCGGUACAAAGUACAGUAGAAAACGCGUAAAUUUUCACGUUAAAACAUUCGAAUCUUCUUAAUGGAAGCCUGUGUUAAUUUUCGAAAAACAUAGAAUUUCGGAAGUGUCUUGAACACGAAACCACUUCCUCUCUCUAAUUUUCAUUCUUUUCUAGUUUGUAGCGGGAAGUCUACGAAUGCAUUAUACGGCGAAGGUCGUUAAGAUCGAUUGCAAUAUUUUAAACAAUCCAAUAUAAGUUUCGUCGCCAUUCUAUUUGCGUUACAUUCGCUGUGGUGAUUUUGUGUACAGCGGUUCGAACGGAACUAUGGUGUAUUUUUGAAAAAAAAAAUGUCGUGGGAAUGAUCAACGAGCCAAUAAAUUGAUUAACAGCAUGGCUUUAUCUUGGUUGCGAUAUACGAAUUGAAAUCGGCAAUAUUGCAAGCUAUUACUCAACGAUAAGUCCGCACGACAGGUCGAUUAAAAUUUUGCAACGUCGAAACUGUUAUUAGGACUUGAGUCUCAUGUAAACAGCACGCGGAUCUUGUGUGUCAUCCGAUCUAAUGAUCCUUAUUAUGUAAUUUGUGCACCGGCUGAAUGCUAUGCUUGAAAAAACGUGGAUGAAAAUUAAUAGAAUUCGCGUCACGAGCGGUGUUUUUCGAAAAUGACUGAUUCUUCCUCCUCUUCUACUUUCGCAAGAGCCGGUUCUCGCACGUUUCGUGAACGCAAUAUUUUGAAAGAGCUGGGCCCAUUCUUUAUCUUCACUCGCUUUCGCUUUACUUUAAUCUGUCGUGCUUUUUACAUUUUUCUCGAACGUGUGCUAGCGAUUCUAUCACUGGUUUAAACUGAUAAUGUCGGUUCAAAAUGAGUCGACAGUUAAAGUGACCUGAAUGAUGGUCACUUUUUCUCUCAUAAAUUAGAAAUGCCAAUGACAGUUUAAUGUUUUAUUUACAUUAUUUGCGACGUUCGGUUGUAUUUAUUGCUGUUCAAUGUUACAGGGUUAAGACCAAAGAUAUAUUGCUAUCCGUUUUUUUGUGUACAAUGAAAGUCUUGCGUUUAUUGAUUGUAAAUUAGCAUUAUUACACUAUAAAGCAUAAAAUUCAUUAGUUUAUUCGUAUCCUUUAUGGUAUAUACUGAAAUAUGACUCUACCGAAUAUUAAGAAGGUAAUCAGUAAAGUAUUGACUUUUAUAAAAUGUAUUGCUCGAAUUGGCUUUGUGAUAUUAAACAAUGUUUACUGUAUACCAACAUAUGUAGUAUGGAUGACACUAUUGUUCCCUGUCAAAGUCUAUCAGCCUCAAGUAUACUGGCGGAUCGAAGGGCUAUUUUUUCAUUGGCUAUUAGCAAUGGUAUCCAUGUGGACUUGGUCUGCAGGCUACGACAUAAUAGAACAAGGUGAUGAUAUACAAAAAAUUAUUAGCGAAAGGACGUUAGUAAUAGCGAAUCAUCAAAGUACCGGUGAUGUUCCUAUACUAAUGACAACAUUUAAUGCGAAACCAAAUGUAUUACCUAAUCUGAUGUGGAUUAUGGACAGAGUUUUUAAAUUUACAAACUUUGGAAUAGUUUCUAUUUUACAUCAUGACUUCUUUAUAGUGUCUGGUCGUAAGAAGAGAGAAGAAAGCUUAAAGCAAUUAGAGAAACACUUGAAGGAAUCGUACAUUCCACUUAAUAGAGAAUGGAUGGUUCUGUUUCCAGAGGGCGGUUUUUUAUGCAAAAGGAGGGAGACCUCGCAAAAAUAUGCUAAGAAAAAUAAUCUUCCUAUUCUGGAAAAUGUAACUCUGCCACGUUUUGGAGCAUUGUGGACUAUAUUUGAUACACUUGGUCCAUCACAGAAUAAUAAUAGAUCAAAUCAACAAUUAGAUAAUAGAGCAAGUAUGACAGUAGCAAAACCUGAAAUCAAUUGGGUUCUUGAUAUAACAAUAGCAUAUCCUCAAGGUAAACCGAUCGAUUUACCUACAAUUAUAACUGGUUCUAGACCACCGUGUGAAACAGUACUGUUUUAUAGAGUCUUUCCUAGUUCAGUGGUUCCUCGGGAACCAGAAUUAUUAUCGAAAUGGUUGUAUGAUAGGUGGGUUGAAAAAGAAGCACUUUUGGAUAACUUUUAUAAGUAUGGAACAUUUGUUGGUACACAAGCAUCACCCAAUGAAGGUUCCAAGAUCCAACAGGAUCCAUUAAGAUUCCUAGUCCUUCAUUUAUUUUUUAUAACAUCUAGUUAUAUUCAUUACAAUUUGUUUACAUAUAUGCUCUCUUGCUUCUGGUAAAGCGUUUUAUUCUACAGAAAAAAGGAUUACGUUCAAACAUGAGUGAAAUUACGAUGUAGUAAAGUAAAAGAUAUUCCUGCCUUAAAUGCAACUCUUAAUGUUGACUAAUAAAACUAACGAGUGUAUGAAUUGUCAAUUCCAAGUGAAUGUUUAUAACUAGAUAUAUCAUAGAUAGUUAAUUACAACCACCGUCUUUAUUGCUAUACAGAAUUAUUUAAUCACAAUGUUUGUUAUAUUAAUUACACAAAUUAUACAGAUUUCCAUAUUUAUGUCAUGGGAUGUAAAGAACUUUAAUGUUGGAAUAACAAUAUUUUUAUUUAAAUAACAAAGUUCCUUAUGGACAAUUCUUGCACAGUUAUGUACAUCUUUGUUAUAGUUAGUCAUUCUUCAGAAUAUUGAUUUUAAUUUAUACUGUGAGACAUAUGGAAUCCUUCAUGACAAUGGAUUUGUAAUAUAACAUUUGUCGUAUAAUUAUAAAGUGUCUUCGGUGAAAGACAUUAAUAAUAUGAAAUUAUCAGAAGUACAAUGAUAAAUGCAUUUUGUACAAACGAAUAAUAAGUGAAAAUUAUUCCGAUGGAAAAUUUUGAAACA